CUCGUGCUUCAUUCCCAAAAUGUUUCUCCUCUUGUCUCAACUUAAAAUUGAACUUUCCUGAGAUGAUAAAAUUGACAGCAAUCGCUCUCAUCUCGGCGUAAUUUCCUUCAUCACCCCGGGGCCCGUUUGAGUUCAGUCCUGCUCGAGUCAACGGCGGAUGUGCAUCGUCCCGGACUGGAUAUGUACCAGGGCAUCAUGACCACCAACCAUGGACCUUCUUCAUAUGAAGCUGGAUUUCUGCACAACUCCUCCGCGGGCACCUCGCCGGUCUACGUGCCUACUACCCGGGUCGUCACCCCCAUGAUCCCGGCGCUGUCUUACCUCCAGACGCCCGGCGCGUCGCAGCAGAGCAGCCCGGUGUCCAGUCACUCUGGCUGGGCGCAGCCGGGUGGAGAGUCGGUGUCCUCGUACAGUCACUCCCCGGUGUCCCCCAGGUUCAGCUUCUCCACGAGCCCCCCACUGAGCUCCGGGGUGGCCUCGGCCCGGGACACUGCGGCCUCCUACAGCAGCCCGAUUAACGGCAGGGAGCACUUUGGGGCCCGGGGCCUCAGCAGCUCCUUCCACAGUCCUUAUCCCGCAUACGUCAGCCCCAACAUGGCAGGAACGUGGCCGGCCUCUCCAUUCGACAGCCCGGUGCUGCACGGACUCCAGAAUCCACCCGGCGCCGCCAGGCACCCAAAUAUCGAUCUGUUCGAUGACUUUGCUGAGGGUCGAGAGUGUGUUAACUGCGGUGCGAUGUCCACCCCUCUCUGGAGGCGAGACGGCACGGGACACUACCUUUGCAACGCCUGCGGACUUUACCACAAGAUGAAUGGCAUCAACAGGCCGCUGAUCAAACCCCAGAGAAGACUGUCUGCCUCCAGGAGAGUGGGCUUGUCCUGCACCAACUGUAACACUACCACCACCACACUCUGGAGAAGGAACGCAGAGGGGGAGCCUGUGUGCAACGCCUGCGGACUCUACAUGAAACUCCACGGGGUCCCGCGACCCUUGGCCAUGAAGAAGGAAGGAAUCCAGACCAGAAAACGCAAACCAAAGAACCUCAACAAGGCUCCAAACGGGACUCCAGGAGGCGAAGGGACUCCAACCACGCCAAGCAGCACUCCUCGCACUCCAACCACUUCCACAGAGGAGUCGCGCCAAAUAAAGACCGAGCCAGAGACCCACAGCUUGUACUCUCACCACAACACACAAACACAGAUUUCUGCCCUGCCAGCCUACAUGUCAACUACAGGGGGCGCCAUUCCUCUCAAGAUGCCAUCUGGAGGUCACAGUGGAUCCUCUGGCUCCAAAAACGAGCCCUGGAGCAACCUUAUCUUGGCUUAGAGGACCCAGCAGCACCCACCUAACAAGCUGCCUGCAGAAUAAAUGCAAUAUAAAGAGAGACUCUCUAAGAGGAGGUGAAGUCACGUCUCAGGAGUCCCUGGUGCUCACGUCCUAGGAGAAGACGAUACUGUACAGGAGAAACCUUGAGAUCCGAACUUGGCCAAAGAUUUCUGCAGUUGCUGCAGGUGACAGGUGAAUAAAAAGAACUUUUGUCCAGUUUGCCUGCCCCAGAAGAAACACAGUCCUGAAGAGAUGCAUGACAAAUGUAUGUUAUCAUCAAUGUGUAGACCCAAAGUGACAAGAGGAGCGUAACGGUUUUGUUCACCUUUACAUAUUAAAAAGGAAAAUGGUGUAUUUAAAGGCAUCACUGAAAGCCUGACUCUCAUUUACUUGGAUGCUCAAUUCUGUCAACAAGUUCAUGCAUUUUAAUGAUUCAAAUCACAAGAACUCAAGUUAAACUGAGGCGAGAGGUAGACUGGGUGGUUUGAGGCUGCUUAGAUGUGUAUCACACACAAGCUUUUUGGAGGCGGAGUUCCACUCAACUGCUGGUGAAUAAACAAUUUCUUCACAAGGAUGUAAGAAAAAACAUGUACAUGAAACAAGAAAAACAAAGCCCAACAACACCACAAAAUGCAACUCAUCAAAUGAAGUGCCAAAAAACAAUUUUAAAAUAUCUUAUUCCGCCCAGUGACGACAGCACCAAUGUGCUUACUUCUGUGACCACCAUAUUGACCAAUGUGUGUUCAUUUUAAAUGCUACAUUUAUGGUUGUAGAUGUGAUAAAUAUUGUCUCCAGUAUAAUUCCUUAUACAUUUAUUGUGCUACACUGCUGUGAAUGAAAAAAAAAAGAUGUAUAGAUUCUGUGUAUUUAAUCCUCUGGGGGCCCCGGAGACGAAGACA